CAUGGUCAAUGGCCCGUCACGAUUGCUCAGCCAGCUCCGGGGGGUAUGUAAUACUGAGGCCAUGCCCAUACAUGCACCAUUUAUCCCACCAUGUCGUCGAACAACAUCCUCAUCGUCGGGGCCACCGGAAAACAAGGCGGCGCUACCGUACAGGCCCUCCUCUCCCAGAUCGCAUCUCUCUCUCCCAGUCUCACUUCCCCCACUAUCCGCUUCACCACUCGGUCCCCUUCCUCCCCCUCUGCCCGAGCCCUGGCCUCAUCGGGUGCCUCCUCCAUUCGUGCCGACCUCAGCUCCAUCGACGAUCUUCAUUCGGCCUUGCAGGGCAUCGAUGUCGCCUUUCUAGUCACAGACAAAGAUGCCGGGGAAGAAAAGGAAGUUGAAAUGGGUAUUCGCUUUGUUGAAGCUGCGAAAGAAGUGGGCGUCAAGCAUGUGGUAUUCGCGAGUGUCGCCGAUGCGGAUGUGGCGAGCACAGUGCCUCACUUUCGUACCAAAUACAAGAUCGAACAAGCUCUGAUCGAGUCCGGCCUUUCUCACACUAUCCUUCGGCCAGUGGUAUUUAUGGAAAAUUUUCCCCAAAUCACAUCCGCCUCCCAAACAAUCAACGUCAGCGCCUUCUUCUCCACUUUCGCCCCCAAACCCCUCGCCCUCAUCUCCACCACCGACAUCGGCCACUUCGCCGCUCUCGCGCUCCUCAACCCCACCUCCCCUACUUUCAAAAACCAAAUCAUCCCCCUCUUUUCUGGCGUUUAUAGCGUCAAAAAUUGGGAGAAGGCGACAGAUAAGGCUGGGAGGAAAGGAUGGUUCUGGAUGCAAGGGGCGGAGGGGAAAGUUGUGUGGUUGACUUUGUCGGUGACUUACAGAAGGAUGACUGAAUUUUUCAAAGAUCGAGGCUUUACUCAGAUUGACGUUGCAGCUCUAAAGAAGAUUCACCCGGGAUCACUCUCGCUCGAAGACUGGGUCCAGCAGGGAGUUGAGGGGAAGGCCAAGUAGCUUACCAACUAAUGAAUUGACGUGAUCUAUAGGAAAAAUCGAUUUAUGAACUAAAAGUACUGAAAGA